GUAAUGACUGCAGUUAAAGAUAUAGCCUCACUUUUAGAAUUGAAUGCUUUAAACGUGGAUAUAGAAUCUUGGAUCGAUGAUGCAGAAAACAAUGUAAAUUUGUUAAAGAGAAAUGUAGCUCAUGCCAUAGCAAACGCAAAUACGGAGGACGAGAAACUUCUAUAA